GCAUCAUCGUUCAUCAUCAAGCACAACGUACGAGAGCGUAAGAGUUUUCUGGAGAGUAGCUAGCUAGCUAGCUAGGGAUCGGAUCGGAGGAACACGUACCCGGGCAACACCUAGCCUGCAAUGUCGUCGGCGUACAGCAGCAAGCAGCAGGCGGCGGCGAAGAGAGCGUACGUGACGUUCCUGGCCGGCGACGGCGACUACUGGAAGGGCGUGGUGGGGCUGGCCAAGGGCCUGCGCCGGGUGCGCUCGGCCUACCCGCUGGUGGUGGCCGUGCUCCCCGACGUGCCGGAGGAGCACCGCCGCAAGCUGCGCGACCAGGGCUGCGUCGUCCGCGAGAUCCAGCCGGUGUACCCGCCCGACAGCCAGACGCAGUUCGCCAUGGCCUACUACGUCAUCAACUACUCAAAGCUCAGGAUCUGGGAGUUCGUGGAGUACGAGCGCAUGGUGUACCUUGACGCGGACAUCCAGGUGUUCGACAACAUCGACGAGCUGUUCGAGCUCGACAAGGGCCGCUUCUACGCGGUGAUGGACUGCUUCUGCGAGAAGACGUGGAGCCACACCCCGCAGUACAAGAUCGGUUACUGCCAGCAGUGCCCGGAGCCCGUGGCCUGGCCGGCCGCGGAGCUCGGCCCCCCGCCGCCGCUCUACUUCAACGCCGGCAUGUUCGUGCACGAGCCCAGCCUGGGCACGGCCAGGGACCUCCUGGACGCGCUGGUGGCGACGCCGCCGACGCCCUUCGCGGAGCAGGACUUCCUCAACGUGUUCUUCCGGGACGUGUACACGCCCAUCCCGCCGGCGUACAACCUGGUGCUGGCCAUGCUGUGGAGGCACCCGGACAAGAUGCCGGAGCUCGGCAAGGUCAAGGUGGUGCACUACUGCGCCGCGGGGUCCAAGCCUUGGAGGUACACGGGGCAGGAGCCCAACAUGGAGCGCGACGACAUCAAGAUGCUGGUCACCAAGUGGUGGGACGUCUUCAACGACGACACCCUCGACUACAAGGGCGACGAGCCGCUGCUGCAGGCUCUGGCGGAGGCCGGCGCCGCCAACUACUUCCCGGCGCCCUCGGCAGCCUAGCUGCUACUAGCAUAUGGAUCUGAUCGGCCGCCGGCCAAAUUAAUUAUUAUCAUUAGGGGGUCUGAUCUACAUGCAUACAGGUUUUUGGUAUUGUACAUCAUGCAUGAGUACUACAUACCUAGCUACCAAGUUUAAAAGUAUUCAUCAGGUUAUCUAUCGAUCUUUUCUUUAAUUUUGAGUGUGGUGAAAAACUAAACAAGGAAAAAAAAAGAAGGAAACAAGAGUUGAGUUUGUACGUACUGCGUGCAUUUUGAAACCAAUUAAUAAUAGUAUAAAUCUUUUUUUCAUAUAUUUA